AUGAAGUUAAAAAUGGUUUUGAAUAUUAGUGAAACGACAAUAUUCCUUCUUCUAACUGGACUUGGCACUGUGGCAAAUAUUUCUGUUUUUGUGAAUUACAUAUGCGCUUUUGUGGGUUCUGGAAAGAAAUCUAUAUACCUUAUUCUCAUCCACCUGGCUUUUACAAAUAUUAUAACGCUUUUCUCCAAGGGCAUGCCAACGACAAUUGCAGCUUUAGGUCUGAUACAUUUCCUAGGUGAUAUAGGCUGUCACAUCACUGUUUACCUGGAUAGGGUGGCUCGGGGCCUCUCCAUCUGCACCAACAGUCUCCUCACAGUGGUCCAGGCCAUCAUCAUGAGUCCCAGAGCCUCCUGGUGGGGGAGGCUAAGACUGAGGUCUACAGGACCUGUGCUUCUCUUGCUGCUCUUCUUUUGGAUUCUCAAUUCCUUGAUUAGCAUGAACCUCCUCUAUUCCACCAGAAACAGAAGUACAAACACAUUACAACUGAGUAAAAAUAAUAAAUAUUGUUAUUUCAAAAAAGAAAGUCAGAAAAUAAACAGCAUUUUUCUCACCCUCAUGGUCCUGAGAGAUGCUGUGUUUCAGGGUGCCAUGGGAGGGGCCAGUGGCUAUAUGGUACUUCUUCUCCACAAGCACCACCAGCAUGUCCUCUACCUUCAGAACUCCAAGCUUCUCUGCAGAACCCCCCCUGAACUGAGAGCUGCUCAGAGUGUCCUCCUGCUGAUGCUCUGUUUUGUUUUCUUCUAUUCGACAGAUUGUUUUGUUUCUUUAUAUUUAUCCUUCUCUUUGAAGAAUGACUCCUUAACAUUGCAUUUGCAAGAAUUUCUGACCCUUGGUUAUGCAGUUCUCAGCCCAUUUAUGCUGAUUCACAGGGAAGGAUAUCUGUCUGAAUGUUGGCAUGCUCAGUAA